UGUUUAGUUUGACUCAAGUAAUUGGUAAUUUUACAGCUAAUCAAGUUGUUGAUGGAGUUUAUGCACUGCAGUUUAUUAAUGACAAGGCAGAUAGAUUACCUAGCAAACCUGAUUGUCAAUACUGUGGAGCAAAAAGGAUGCACUCUGAGACACCUAAUUUUUGUUGUUCUGACGGACAAGUAGUUCUACAUGAAAAUAACCUUCCAGACAUUCUUAUAGAAUUAUUUACUGGUCACUCUGAUGAAGCUUUAUCCUUUCGCACGUAUGUCAGAACAUAUAACAAUAUGUUUGCUUUCACUUCCUUUGGUGUACACUAUGAUAAAUCGCUCUGCAGGAGAACAAAUGGUAUAUAUACAUUCAAAGUUCAGGGACAGACCUAUCACUUCAUCAAAGACCUUAUUCCGCAUGGAGGAUCUGGACUAUAUCUGCAGCUGUAUUUUCAUGAUACAGACCAUGAGCUCCAAAAUAGAAUGGCAGUUUCUGAAAGAUUAACAGAAACUAUAGUACUGAGGAUCAUGGAACUGAUGAAAUCUAAUCCAUACGCAUGCUUUCUGCGAAGCCUCAGAAAUGUUCCAAAUUUAGAUUCAUAUCAGAUAGUGCUGAAAUCACAUUCAGAAAAUGAUCAACGAGUAUUCAACCAUCCAACAACCUCUCAAGUUGCAGCUCUUUGGACAGAAGGCCAAAAUUCAGAAUCAGGUUAUGCCAGACACAUCCAAAUUUAUACAAAAGAAGGAAGGGAUCACUUGGUGCAAUAUUAUUAUGGCUGUUACGAUCCUCUGCAGUAUCCACUAUUAUUUGCACUUGGUGAAACAGGCUGGCAUCCUGGCAUCAGAAGAGUGACCACAGAGAAUCCAAAAAAGAGAAAAAGAUGUAUUCAGAAAACCAGAACUACUGCUGUUCUAACCAACUACAAAUCUGCUGAAGAAAUGAUAUCUGCUGAACAAGAAGCUUGCAAUGAUCCUGAAAACAACAGUGAAUCUGUGUCAAUGCGAGAAUAUUAUGCUUAUAAAUUGCAGAUGAGAGACAAAUAUUGUCCAAAUAUACUCAACACUGGAAGAUUACUUCAGCAGUAUGUUGUUGAUAUGUACAUAAAAAUCGAAAGCCAGAGACUAGAUUACUAUAAGAAUAAACAAGAAUUUAUAAGAAGAGAGGAACUACAAGGCGUUAUGGAUAGCGUCAUAGCAGGUCAAUGCCAAGGUUCAAAGGUAGGCCAGCGAGUGGUGCUUCCAGCUUCAUUUAUAGGAGGCCCGCGUGACAUGAAAAGGAGAUAUGUUGAUGCUAUGGCUUUGGUACAGAAAUUUGGUAAACCAGAUUUAUUCAUUACGAUCACUUGCAAUCCUUCAUGGCCAGAAAUAAAGGAUCAUAUGCUCAGAACAGAUGAAGGACACAACAGACCAGAUUUACUCACUCGAGUGUUUCAUGCAAAGCUUGAUAUGUUGAAGCAAGAAUUAUUCAAAAAAGAGAUAUUUGGAUCUGUUGCUGCUUACACCUAUGUCAUUGAAUUCCAAAAGCGCGGUCUUCCUCAUGCUCAUUUCCUCAUAAUCUUGAAGCCAUGUUCAAAGCUUUACUCUACAGAUUCUUAUGAUCAAAUCGUUAGUGCAGAGAUUCCAGAUGAGAGCAAAAAUCAACAUCUUUUCAACAUGGUUCGUAGACAUAUGAUUCAUGGUCCUUGUGGCAAAAAAAAUCCAAACAAUGUCUGUAUGCAAGGACAACAUCAGAAAAAAUGCAGAAACAAUUAUCCAAAGCCAUUUUCUGAUAAAACAUUUCAUGGGGAUAAUGCAUACCCCACUUACCAAAGAAGGAACAAUGGAUACAAGAUGAUGGUUCGUGGACAUGAAGUGGAUAACAGAUGGGUUGUUCCAUACAACCCUUACCUUCUUGCAAAAUUCAACUGCCAUAUAAAUGUUGAAAUCUGCUCUACAGUGAAAGCAGUGAAGUACAUAUAUAAGUAUAUCUACAAAGGUCAUGACAAGAUCCAUUUUCGAGUGAAUUCAGACAGCUCUAAUGACUCAAAUUCUGAUGCUAAUUUAUCUACAGUUGAUGAAAUCAAAGACUACCAGUCAGCUAGGUGGGUAUGUGCAGUCGAAGGUAUAUGGAGGAUAUACAGAUUCUUGCUAUCUGAAAUGCAUCCUUCUAUUAUUCACCUACAACUUCACCUAGAAAAUUGUCAGCCAUUGAACUUCAGAGGAGAUCAAGACUUACGCGAUGUAGUAAGAAACAGAUUUGCUAAGAGAACUAUGUUAACAGAAUUCUUUUACAUGAAUUCUAAUGAUCCUCUAGCUCAGAACCUCAAAUGUACUUAUAAAGAGUUCCCUGAACAUUUUGUCUGGUAUCCAGGAAGGAGAAAAUGGGAGCCAAGAAAACAAAAAGAUUCUAUAGGCAGGAUAGUGACAGCAAGUCCAAUGGAAGGAGAACGAUACUUUCUCAGACUAUUCCUCACACAUGUCAACAGUCCAACUUCAUUUGAUGAUUUGAGAACAAUAAAUGGAGCUUAUGUACACACUUUUCGUGAGGCAGUAAUCUUGAGAGGUUACUUUGAGUCCGAUAAGUCACAAGAACAAUGUCUUGAAGAAGCAAGUUUGUAUCACAUGCCAUAUAGUUUGAGAAGAUUAUUUGCGACUUUGCUCGUUCAUUUUCCUCCUUCAAAUCCAAGAUAUCUUUGGGAGCAAUUUGAGCAGCCAUUAUCUGAAGAUAUGAGCAACAUUCCAGAAAUAUCAGUUGAUCAGAUUCGUUUGCAGGUACUAUGUCAAAUAAAUGAGUUUCUCCAAUCAAUGGGAAAAGACAUUAAUCAAUACGCUUUAGUUUCAAAUACCCUGUAUUUUGAUGCCUUGAACAAAAACACUCGUGAUACAAUAGCUGAAACAAGAAUCUCUGUACCAGAGCAUGACCUUUUAGCAAUUAAACAACUAAAUGCUGAUCAGAAAAAAGCUUUUGACAUUAUUAUGAAUGCAGUUUUUGUUCACAAGAAAGGGAUCUUCUUCAUUGAUGGACCAGGUGGAACAGGAAAAACAUUCCUCUAUCGAGCACUACUAGCACAAACCAGAUCAAAAGGAUACAUAGCUCUUGCUACAGCAUCUUGUGGAGUUGCGGCUUCCAUUUUACCAGGUGGAAGAACAGCUCACUCAAGAUUCAAGAUACCAAUUGCUGGAACACCAGAUAAGCAAUGCAGAGUUAGUAAACAAAGCUCAUUAGCAAAACUCCUUCAAUCUGCAAUUCUUAUAAUCUGGGAUGAAGCUCCAAUGGCGCAUAAGGGCUCAAUUGAAAGUGUUGACAAACUUCUAAGAGAUAUAAUGGACUCAAACGAUUUGUUUGGAUCAAAGGUCAUUGUUCUUGGAGGCGAUUUCCGUCAAGUCUUGCCAGUGGUAACAAAGGGAUCAAAAUCUGAAUUUAUUGAUGCAAGCAUAGUCAAUUCGUACAUAUGGCCACAGCUACGUAGAUUACAUCUCACUGAAAACAUGAGAGCAAGACAUGAUCCAGAGUUUACUCAAUAUCUACUUCGCAUUGGAAAUGGAAUGGAGCCAGUUAUCUUCAAGAAUUCUAUCCAGAUACCUCCAUCAAUGCUGAUAAGAUAUACAAAUGAGGAACAAUCACUGACUGCACUCAUCAGGACAGUAUUUCCAGAUUUGAAAGCAUUUUCUGACCAAAAUCUCUCUGCAGUUAAUCGUGCUAUACUGACAACAAAAAAUGACUUUGUUGAUCAAAUUAAUGAGAGACUCAUUGUACAUUUAGAAGGACAACUCCAAGAAUAUAUCAGUCGAGACAAGUGUAUAGACAGCUCUGACCAGACAAUCAUGGAGGACUUGCUGAACAGUUUAACUCCAAAUGGUUUUCCACCUCAUAAGCUACUUCUUAAACCAUAUUGCCCUAUCAUGUUACUCAGAAACAUUGAUGCUCCUCAGGGAUUAUGCAACGGCACUAGACUGAUAUGCAAAUCCUUGAGCUCCAAUAUCAUACAUGCGGUCAUAACAUGUGGUGAAUUUGCUGGAAAAGAGGUCUUCAUCCACAGAAUAUCUUUCAGAGUAGAGAACAGUUCAGACUCACCAGUACCAUUUGAACGUAUUCAAUUUCCUAUCCGGCCCUGUUUUGCUAUGACAAUAAACAAAGCUCAGGGACAAACGCUUGAUUUUGUUGGCAUAUAUUUGCGUGAACCAGUUUUUUCACAUGGACAGCUAUAUGUAGCAAUGUCAAGAGCAAAGAACAGUAGUUCUGUGAAAAUUCUUAUCAAACCAUCCAUAUUUGAUGAUGAACAAGACUCGAUUACUGAAAAUAUAGUAUAUACAGAAUCACAGCAGGAAAGAAACAUCAUUCCAUUCAGUGAGAUAAUCCCUGGACUACAAAACUGGACAGCUCUGGUUCAGGUUCUGGACAAGCAAAAGGCAUUACUUUCAAAAGCCGGCAACCGAUAUCAGAAGCUGAUAUUAAUUGAUCAACAGGGUACAACAGUUGAAGCAAUGAUUUAUAAAUCAGACAUCGACUUCUUCAGAAACCAUUUCCAACUCUACAAACGAUACAUUCUCUGCAAUGCUAGAGUUGAGUACACACCAUCAGAAUAUCGCAGUCAUCCAAAUCAGUGUACAUGGUACAUAGAUAAUUCUACUGUUGUUCAAGCAAUAGAUGAAGUCCAGCCACCUCAGAUUCCAACUGUCUUCAGAUUCUCGCCCUUUACAAAAUUCCACCAGCACAUAGAUGAUAAUACAGAUAUAGUUAUAACUAAGCACAUUCCAAAAUCAGAUGUCUUAGGCAUUGUCGCUGAAGUUCAUCCUCGAAUACAGAGAGCUACUACUGCUACCAGGGAAGUAGUGAUUAUAGACAAAAGCAUGAUGCCAGUGAUUCUGACUCUGUGGGGUGAGCAUGAAACAGAUGAAGGCCAAACGAUUGCAAAUAUCAUUGACACAAUGCCGCUCAUUGUUGCACUUCGAAUUAAAGUAUCAUCAUAUCACACACUGAAUCUCUCAACAAAAUUUGGAUCAAGCAUUCUGGUUAAUCCUCCGAUACAACAAACUGCUGAUCUCAAACACUGGGCUACUGAGACACAAGCAGAAAUCAAGAAACUGAUGGCAGAAAAAGCAUACCACAACCGAGCUAAGCUUCUGCCACAACCAAGAGAUGAUGAGCUCACAACUAUUCAAGAUUUCCUUGCGUUUCCUACGAAAAAAGCCUACUGGUUGCGUGGUACUCCAAGGUUACUAGACAAGAGCCAACGAUUAUGGUGUAAUGCUUGUCCACAAUGCCACAAAUCAUUCAGAGGAAAGCCAGCGUGGAAAAUUGUUUGCACUUCAUGCAACAAACAAGUAAAUAUUACUGCAAGAUGCCGAUUAACUGUAGAACUUGCUGAUUAUUCUGGAGUUUUGACGCUUGAUCUUUAUGACAACGAUGCUCUUCAGUUACUACCUUUCACCUUAUUGGAGAUGCAAGACUCAGAAAACAAGCAUGAACUGAACUAUGAAGCCAUUGAAGAGGCCAUUAACAGCACUGUGAUAACAUGCUUUGUGAAGAAAAUGAUAAACACCCAUGCAUCCACCAGUACUGAGAAAUACUCAGCCAUUAUCCUGCACAAAACAUCCAUGGCAGAGAUUCUAUCACAAGUUUCUUCCACCAUUGCUUGCUCAGAAUCAAGCACAGAACCUGCAAUCACCACUCCACAGGCCAAUGAAACUCCACUCGCUACUGCUCCAAAAGACACAAAUGUGCACAGCAGUUUGCUAUCAACUCUGAAAAUCACAGAGAGUCCAACUAAAAAGCAACGUACCAAAGAAUCUGAAAAGGAAGAAUGA